CUGCGCAUAGCGCCGAGUAAAUGAACCACUGGAUUGUUGUGGCGAUCAGCGGCGGUGUCUAGGCAACAGCCGUUUCCUCUCAGGCUGCGGCUCGGGUCGUUUCCGCGAUGGCCAGGGUGGCGCGGAGGCUGGUGCUGCCUCUGCUCGUGGUCAUGAUCGUGGGGGCCGUGUUCUGCACCGAACGACGCGCCUGCCGCCACCGGAAAGAGCCGUCUGAGGAUGAGCUGCUGGAGGACGAGCCGGAGACCGAAACCAAGGCGGCGCGCUGCCCAACGGCGCCGCUGGACGCGGUGCGAAUCAACGAGGCGGCCGAGCAGGUGCAGCUGGUGGAGACGCGCAAGGGGCCGCCCGCGCGCAUGCGCGGACAGCCGCAGGGCACCGCCGUCGUGGCGACGCGCUGCGGUCAGUGCGACCUGCAGCACGUGAGAGACGAGGAGGGCGUGGAGCUGACGUGCUUCGAGUGCUCGCCCGUGGCGCGCCCCGAGGCCGAGGAGGAGGUGGAGGAGGAGGAGCCGGAGGGCAGCAAGAGGGCGCCCGAGGAGCCCAAGAAGCCCUACCAGGUGUCCGACGGCUUCUUCGAGCUGCUGGAGCAGGCGGCGCGUUACGAGAAGGAGCUGGCUCCUCGCCUCUCUGUUUGUACAUCAGAGAUCGAUUUUGAAAAAUCAGUCUGA